GUUCAAGAAACCAAUAACAACCAAAAAGAAAAAAGAAAAAAAGAAAUCCCAAAAAUUAAAAAAAUUAAAAAUAAAAAUAAAAAUCUCUGACCCCCAUGUCUUUCUCUUUUUUCUCUCUCAUUGUUUCUUUGAUUAGCUGCCGCUUCAUAUUUUUCUUGUUCUUGUUCGCUUCUCAUUAACGAAACCUAUUGAUGCUCCAUUAGAGCUUCCACAUUCUUCAGUCUCUCAAGUUGUUAUUUCAGCUAAGUUAGGAUAGUCUGAUCUGCAUUUGCGUGCGGUUGAAAUUUCUUCUGGGAGUUCAAUUUGCCAGGAGGCUUUGAUGCUUUUGAUUGCGUCUCUGAGGUAGAUCUGGAGAAGGGCAAGUUCUCCAUUGACUUGCUUUUUUGAAUCUUGAAAUCAAGCAAAGCUGGCGGCAACACUGUCUUGGAGGUUGGCUUCCACCAAUGGAAGCAACCAUCCCACUAAUGAUCUGGAGAGAAAUGGUGAUACAAAAGUUCAAGAUUCAGAGCCUCCAACUCCACAUUCUCUUAUGAAGAUGGGUUCAAGAGAGCGCAGUAGCAUGGAAGACCCAGAUGGGACAUUAGCAAGUGUUGCCCAAUGUAUUGAGCAGCUACGUCAGACUUCCUCAUCAGUACAUGAGAAAGAGUCUUCAUUGAGACAGUUGCUAGAACUUGUUGACACUCGUGAAAAUGCUUUUAGUGCUGUUGGAUCUCAUUCUCAGGCAGUUCCAGUACUUGUUUCUCUUCUUCGAUCAGGAUCACUUGGAGUGAAGAUACAAGCUGCUACUGUUUUAGGUUCUCUAUGCAAAGAGAAUGAACUAAGGGUAAAAGUCUUGCUUGGGGGAUGUAUCCCACCAUUGCUUGGUCUACUCAAAUCCAGCUCAGCAGAAGGUCAAGUUGCAGCUGCAAAGACCAUUUAUGCUGUUUCUCAAGGUGGUGCUAAGGAUCAUGUUGGAUCAAAAAUAUUUUCUACGGAAGGAGUUGUUCCAGUGCUAUGGGAGCAAUUGCAAAAUGGAAUCAAGGCUGGUAAUGUAGUUGAUAACUUGUUGACUGGGGCAUUAAAGAAUCUUUCCAGCAGCACUGAGGGAUUUUGGACUGCAACAUUACAAGCUGGAGGAGUGGAUAUACUUGUGAAGUUGCUAACAACUGGACAGUCAACCACUCAAGCUAAUGUUUGCUUUCUUCUUGCAUGUGUAAUGAUGGAGGAUGCAUCUGUUUGUUCUAAGGUGCUGGCAGCAGAGGCUACUAAACAACUUCUCAAGAUGUUAGGACCUGGUAAUGAAGCUUCUGUUAGAGCAGAAGCUGCAGGUGCUCUGAAAUCCCUUUCUGCUCAGUGCAAAGAAGCAAGGAAGGAGAUAGCUAAUUUUAAUGGUAUUCCUGCUUUGAUAAAUGCUACAAUAGCCCCUUCAAAAGAAUUUAUGCAGGGUGAGCAUGCCCAAGCAUUGCAGGAGAAUGCUAUGUGUGCUUUGGCAAACAUUUCUGGUGGUUUGUCAUAUGUCAUCGCAAGUCUUGGUCAAAGUCUUGAAUCAUGCACUUCACCCACACAAGUUGCUGACACUUUGGGUGCUUUAGCUUCAGCUCUCAUGAUAUAUGAUAGCAAAGCAGAAUCAACUAGAGCAUCAGAUGCUCUAUCUGUUGAGCAGACUUUGCUUGCCCAGUUUAAACCUCGCGUGCCAUUCCUUGUGCAGGAAAGAACCAUAGAAGCCCUUGCUAGUUUGUAUGGAAAUUCCAUACUUUCAAUUAAACUUGCAAAUUCUGAAGCAAAGCGUCUGCUUGUUGGUUUGAUUACAAUGGCAACAAAUGAGGUCCAGGAUGAGCUUACACGAGCUCUUCUCACUCUUUGCAAUAAUGAAGGCAGUCUAUGGCGUGCUCUUCAAGGACGUGAAGGGGUUCAGCUGUUAAUAUCUCUCCUGGGAUUAUCAUCAGAACAGCAGCAAGAAUGUGCAGUUGCAUUGCUUUGUCUUUUAUCCAAUGAAAAUGAUGAAAGUAAAUGGGCUAUCACUGCUGCUGGUGGCAUUCCUCCACUUGUUCAGAUCCUUGAGACUGGCUCUGUGAAAGCCAAGGAAGAUUCAGCAAAAAUCCUUAGGAACCUAUGUAAUCACAGUGAAGAUAUAAGGGCAUGUGUUGAAAGUGCUGAUGCUGUUCCCGCACUUUUAUGGCUUCUGAAGAAUGGAAGCCCCAAUGGGAAAGAAAUUGCAGCAAAGACUCUGAAUCACUUAAUCCAUAAAUCUGAUACAGCCACUAUUAGCCAGCUAACUGCGUUGCUAACCAGUGAUCUACCUGAAUCUAAAAUAUAUGUCUUGGAUGCUUUAAGAAGUAUGCUUUCUGUGGUUCCCCUUAAUGAUAUAUUGCGUGAAGGUAGUGCUUCCAAUGAUGCAAUCGAGACAAUGAUUAAAAUAUUGAGCUCUACUAAAGAAGAGACUCAAGCCAAGUCUGCUUCAGCUUUAGCUGGGAUUUUUGAAACCAGGAAAGACUUGCGUGAAACUAGCAUUGCUGUUAAAACUCUUUGGUCAGUGAUGAAGUUGCUUAAUGUUGAAUCUGAAAAGAUCCUGGUAGAAGCCUCGCGUUGCCUUUCUGCAAUAUUUCUUUCAAUUAAGGAGAACAAGGAUGUGGCUGCUGUUGCUAGGGAUGUAUUAUCUCCCUUGGUUGUGCUUGCAGAUUCUUCAGUUCUGGAAGUUGCAGAGUUGGCAACAUGUGCAUUGGCAAAUCUUAUUCUGGACAACGAAGUUUCAGAGAAAGCAGUUGCUGAAGAAAUUAUUUUGCCAGCUACAAGAGUUCUGUGUGAAGGCACAGUUUCAGGGAAGACUCAUGCAGCAGCAGCAAUUGCGCGCUUGCUCCAUUCUCGCCAAAUUGAUAUUGUCUUAAAUGAUUGUGUAAAAAGUGCUGGGACUGUUCUUGCAUUAGUUUCUUUCCUAGAAUCUGCGAAUAAUGGAUCUGUUGCCACAUCAGAGGCACUUGAUGCACUUGCUAUUUUGUCCAGGUUUCAAGGUGCUAGUGAGAGUGUAAAACCUGCAUGGGCAGUUUUAGCUGAAUUCCCAAAAAGCAUAACCCCAAUAGUUUUGUCUAUUGCUGAUGCAACACCCUUGUUGCAGGAUAAAGCAAUUGAGAUAUUGUCACGCCUUUGUAGAGAGCAGCCCGUUGUUCUAGGAGAUACAGUUACUAGUGCUACCGGAUGUAUAUCAUCAAUUGCUAAAAGGGUGAUCAAUUCUUCGAGCACUAAGGUUAAAAUUGGGGGAACUGCACUGCUCAUUUGUGCUGCAAAAGUUAGUCAUCAGAGAGUAGUGGAGGAUCUCAGUCAAUCAAAUUCAUGUAUCCAUCUUCUUCAAUCUCUUGUAGCAAUGCUUAGUUCUUCUCAGUCUUCUUUGGGAAAGAUAGUGGAUGGUGACAAGGCGUCUAUUAGCAUUCUUAGGCAUACCAAAGAAGGAACUGGUAACAAUGAAUUUAAUAUGAGCACAUCGGUUGUUUAUGGUGUUAAUCUAGCCAUAUGGUUACUCUCUGUACUUGCUUGUCAUGAUGAGAAAAGUAAAAUAGUGAUCAUGGAGGCUGGAGCAGUUGAAGUCCUAACUGACAGGAUCUCAAAUUGUUUUUCGAAUUACUCUCUGGAUUUUCAAGAAGAUGAUAGCAUAUGGAUUUGCGCUUUACUUCUAGCGAUUUUGUUUCAAAAUAGAGACAUCAUACGAGCACAUGCAACCAUGAAAUCAAUACCAGUAGUCGCAAACUUGUUGAAGUCAGAGGAGUCAGCAAACAGAUACUUUGCUGCACAGGUGAUGGCCAGUCUAGUCUGUAAUGGUAGCAGAGGAACUCUUCUAUCCGUUGCAAAUUCUGGAGCAGCAGGUGGGCUUAUCUCACUCCUUGGCUGUGCUGAUGCUGAUAUAGAUGAUCUUCUGCAGUUGUCAGAGGAGUUUGGCUUGGUGCGUUAUCCUGACCAAGUUGCUCUUGAGAGAUUGUUUAGAGUUGAUGACAUAAGGACUGGUGCCACUUCUCGCAAGGCAAUACCUCUACUUGUUGAUCUUCUCAAACCAAUCCCAGAUCGUCCUGGGGCACCAUUCCUUGCUCUUGGGCUUUUGACUCAGCUUGCAAAGGAUUGUCCAUCAAAUAAGAUUGUAAUGGUGGAAUCUGGAGCUUUGGAAGCUUUGACUAAGUAUCUCUCACUUGGUCCGCAAGAUGCAACUGAAGAAGCUGCUACGGAUCUGUUAGGUAUUCUGUUUGGCAGUUCUGAAAUUAGGAGACAUGAAUCUGCAUUUGGUGCUGUCAGCCAACUUGUGGCAGUUUUACGUUUAGGUGGAAGAGGUGCAAGAUAUAGUGCUGCUAAAGCAUUAGAAAGCUUAUUUUCUGCGGACCACAUAAGGAAUGCAGAAAGUGCCCGACAAGCUGUUCAACCACUAGUGGAGAUUCUUAAUACUGGUUUGGAGAGGGAACAGCAUGCUGCAAUUGCUGCACUUGUCAGGUUGUUGAGUGAAAACCCAUCAAGAGCUUUAGCAGUUGCUGAUGUUGAAAUGAAUGCAAUAGAUGUUCUUUGCAAGAUCCUUUCGUCAAAUUGUUCAAUGGAGCUAAAAGGGGAUGCUGCUGAGUUAUGUUGUGUUCUUUUUGGAAAUACAAGAAUCAGGUCCACGAUGGCUGCAGCUCGAUGCGUGGAGCCUCUAGUGUCUCUUCUUGUUACUGAGUUCAGUCCUGCACAGCAUUCAGUUGUCCGUGCAUUGGAUAAACUUGUUGAGGAUGAGCAACUAGCAGAACUGGUUGCUGCUCAUGGUGCAGUUGUUCCUCUUGUUGGCCUUCUGUAUGGUAAGAAUUACUUGCUUCAUGAGGCUAUUUCCAGAGCUCUUGUGAAAUUAGGGAAAGACAGACCUGCGUGUAAGAUGGAAAUGGUUAAAGCUGGAGUAAUAGAAAGCACACUUGAUAUCCUUCAUGAAGCACCCGAUUUUCUCUGUUCUGCUUUUGCAGAAUUGCUCCGAAUAUUGACCAACAAUGCUAGCAUCGCUAAAGGGCCAUCUGCUUCGAAAGUGGUUGAGCCCUUUUUUCUGUUGCUGACAAGACCAGAAUUUGGACCUGAUGGUCAGCAUAGUGCAUUGCAGGUUCUUGUUAAUAUUUUGGAGCAUCCACAGUGUCGUGCUGAAUAUACUUUAACCUCCCAUCAAGCUAUUGAACCACUUAUCCCCUUGCUUGAUUCUCCUGCUCCAGCAGUCCAACAGUUGGCAGCGGAGCUUCUGUCACAUUUACUUUUAGAAGAACAUCUGCAAAAGGAUUCAGUGACACAACAAGUGAUUGGUCCCCUCAUCCGGGUUCUUGGCUCUGGCAUACAUAUAUUACAGCAGAGAGCCGUGAAGGCUCUUGUUAGCAUUGCACUAACAUGGCCUAAUGAAAUUGCAAAAGAGGGUGGUGUAAGUGAACUGUCUAAAGUGAUAUUACAAUCUGAUCCUUCACUUCCCCAUGCAUUGUGGGAGUCUGCUGCUUCUGUUUUAUCAAGUAUUCUGCAAUUCAGUUCUGAAUUUUAUUUGGAAGUGCCUGUUGCUGUGUUGGUAAGAUUGCUUCGUUCUGGCUCAGAAGGUACAGUAGUUGGUGCUUUGAAUGCUCUGCUGGUGCUGGAGAGUGAUGAUGCAACCAGUGCUGAAGCAAUGGCUGAAAGUGGUGCCAUAGAGGCUCUUUUGGAGCUUCUUAGAUGUCAUCAGUGUGAAGAAACUGCUGCAAGGCUGUUGGAAGUAUUGCUCAACAAUGUGAAAAUCAGAGAAACUAAAGCUACCAAGUCUGCCAUCUUACCACUGUCCCAGUACCUAUUGGAUCCGCAAACCCAAGCUCAGCAGGCAAGGUUACUGGCUACUCUGGCUCUUGGUGAUCUUUUCCAGAAUGAGAGUCUUGCCCGAAGUGCCGAUGCUGUCUCAGCUUGCCGUGCUCUGGUAAAUGUGCUUGAAGAACAACCUACAGAAGAAAUGAAAGUGGUAGCCAUUUGUGCUUUGCAAAAUCUAGUAAUGUACAGUCGAUCCAAUAAAAGAGCCGUUGCUGAGGCUGGUGGUGUUCAGGUUCUGCUGGAUUUGAUUGGUUCUAGUGAUCCAGAUACAUCUGUUCAAGCUGCAAUGUUUAUUAAACUUUUAUUUUCUAAUAACACCAUUCAAGAGUAUGCUUCUAGUGAAACAGUCAGAGCCAUAACGGCUGCCAUUGAAAAGGAUUUAUGGGCCACUGGAACUGUGAAUGAGGAGUAUCUAAAAGCUCUAAAUUCGCUUUUUAGCAAUUUCCCACGCUUAAGAGCCACUGAGCCUGCAACCCUGAGCAUUCCCCAUCUUGUUACAUCUCUCAAAACAGGAACAGAGGCAACUCAAGAAGCUGCCUUGGAUGCACUUUUUCUUCUUAGACAAGCUUGGUCUGCUUGCCCAGCAGAAGUUUCUAGGGCUCAGUCAAUUGCUGCUGCUGAUGCAAUCCCCUUGCUGCAAUACUUGAUCCAGUCUGGCCCACCUCGAUUUCAGGAGAAGGCAGAAUUUUUAUUGCAAUGUUUGCCAGGAACUUUGGCUGUGAUUAUUAAGCGUGGGAACAAUAUGAAGCAGUCAGUGGGAAACCCCAGUGUUUUUUGCAAGCUUACACUUGGUAAUACACCCCCUAGGCAAACCAAGGUCGUUUCAACUGGCCCUAAUCCAGAAUGGGAUGAGAGCUUUGCCUGGUCCUUUGAGAGUCCCCCGAAAGGCCAGAAGCUGCACAUAUCAUGCAAGAAUAAGAGCAAAAUGGGAAAGAGUUCAUUCGGAAAAGUAACCAUCCAGAUCGAUCGGGUGGUGAUGCUGGGAGCUGUUGCUGGGGAAUACACCUUAUUGCCAGAAAGCAAAAGUGGGCCCUCUCGGAAUUUAGAAAUAGAAUUCCAGUGGUCUAAUAAGUAAUAAAAAAUGCUGAGAAAUCAUUGUUUUGCUGCGUAAUGAUUUAGUAGGAGAAAGAAAGAAAGAAAAAAGUUCAGCAAAGUGAAUUAGUUCUUUUUCUUCUGUUCCAUUUUGGAUGGAUUACAAUAUCAAUGUACAUAAUAAUGUCACAAAGAGUCUGAUUUUUUAUUUUAUUUUAUUUUUUUCCUUUUUCUUUUUGCCAACUGUGUAGAAGUAGUGAUUUGUCAAUUGUAUUCUUUUGUAAUCUGAUUUUAAUAUUUUCUUGGGAUGACCAAAUGGGCAGAGAGAGAUGUAAGUUUCUUUGUAUUUUUUGUGUGUUUGUCAAUUCUAGAGGAACUAAUAAGAUUGGUUCUGGAUUUUGUAAUC